AACAAUGAGCUCAACACAGAAGGACCAACAUGGAGCAAGAAGUCAGCGCUCUCAGGAGGCUGACAAACCUCAGAGACGAAAGAGAGAGAAAACAUACACCUGUGACGAGUGUGGGAAGGAUUUUACUGGGAAGGCUGAACUAAAACGUCAUCAGGUCAUCCACACUGGAGAGAGACCGUUCAGCUGUGACUUGUGUGGAAAGACUUUUUCCUUGAAGAGUGCUCUAAAAAGACACCAACUCAUCCACAGUGGAGUUAAAGCGUACAGCUGUGAUCAGUGUGGCAGAGCUUUUACUCGCAGUAGCAGCUUACAGAGUCAUCUAGUUACCCACUCUGGAAUUAAGGCACACAGCUGUGACAUUUGUGGAAAAACCUUCAGUCGGAUAGACAGCCGAAAUAUACACCUACGCAUUCACACCGGACAUGGUGUGUACUGCUGUGAUCAGUGUGGCAAACACUUUGCUAAACACACACACUUACAACGCCACAUGUUUACCCACACUGAGGAGAGACCUUAUAAAUGUGACCUGUGUGAAAAGACUUUUAAAGCUCCAGAUUACCUGAGAGAACACCAACAGAUCCACACCAGAAAGAGACUCUCCAAGAGCAGUUACUGUGAGGACCAACAUGGAGCGAGAAGUCAGCGCUCUCAGGAGGCCGACAAACCUCACAGAAGAAAGAGAGAGAAAACAUACACCUGUGACGAGUGUGGGAAGGAUUUUAUUGGGAAGGCUGAACUAAAACUUCAUCAGGUCAUCCACACUGGAGAGAGACCGUUCAGCUGUGACUUGUGUGGAAAGACUUUCUCCUGGAAGAAUGCUCUAAAAAGACACCAACUCAUCCACAGUGGAGUUAAAGCGUACAGCUGUGAUCAGUGUGGCAGAGCUUUUACUCAAAGUAGCGAAUUACAGAAUCAUCUAGUUACCCACUCUGGAAUUAAGGCAUACACCUGUGACAUUUGUGGAAAAACCUUCAGUCGGAUAGACAGCCGAAAUAUACACCUACGCAUUCACACCGGACAUGAUGUGUACUGCUGUGAACAGUGUGGCAAACAGUUUACAAGAGACGCACACUUACAACGCCACAUGUUUACCCACACUGAGGAACGACCUUAUAAAUAUGACCUGUGUGAGAAGACUUUUAAAUCUCCACGUAACCUGAGAGAACACCAACAGAUCCACACCAGAAAGAGACUCUACAAGUGCAGUUACUGUGAGAAGCAGAGCGACACAGAUGGAUCCAGUUCUCAACCCUGUCAUCACUGUGGUGGUGGGAAAGACUUUCGUUGUGACCUCUGUGGAAAAACUUUCAGUUGGCAAGGCUCCCUAAAAAGACAUCAACGUCGACACACUGGAGACAAACUGAAAUACUGCAAAGAAUGUGGGAGAGGCUUCCCCACAUCAAGUGGAUUAAAACAACAUGAACUGAUUCACAGUGGGGUUAAAAAGCACCUCUGUGAUCAGUGUGGGUCAUCCUUCACCACUGCAGGUCAGCUUAAAUCACACAAACGAGUCCACACAGGAGAGAAACCAUACAAGUGCAGACACUGUGACAAAAGCUCACGAUCAAGUCAUCGUAACAAGCAUGAACGUACACACAUGGAAGGAAACUACAGCUGUGACCAGUGUGACAAGACUUUCAGGAAUCUCAGUUCAUACUCCAAACAUAAACGGUCCCACGUUGCUAAUAAACUGUUUCACUGUUACCAAUGUGCCCAAACAUUCACCUCAUUGUCUGCUCUGUGCAAACAUCAGCGUGAUCACUCAGGGCUGAAAUCACUCCCAUCACUGGAUCACAGUGAAUCUGAAGAGACACAAAGAUCCUCUGGUUUCAGUGUCAGACUUAAAACCCUUGAGAUCAGGCUCCACAGAGUUCAGAUGGAAUCUCCUGUAAAGAUCUGAUGAAAAUGUUCCACUAGAUGGAUGUAUAAUCUCUUUUUCUGAAGGUUGCUCUCUUCCUGUUUCUGCCAGUGCUGACUGCACAGAUGUAAUUCAGAUCCAUGUCACUGUUCGGAAGUAUCAGAGAACUGCUGAUACUGUAAAGCUGCUGCUCAGUCUGAUGGGCUGUUGUGUUGUUGGUGAUGCUGGAUGAAGGGCUGGUGGACCAGAUGAGCUCAGGUUGAGGGUAGAUCCCGUCUGAGCUGCAGGUGAUCCUUUGUCCUGCUUGUUGGAGAUUAACUUUACGGACUGGAGCUGAAAAAAAAAAACUAAGAAUAAAAAAACCAAAAGAAAAUAUAUUUCUAAAGAAGUCAGAAAGAGAUUUUGUUGUCACAAUUUUCCUUUUCUGUUUAUUUCACGUUAACAUGAUUUAAUUAAACAAAAGCGCUACCAUCAGUCCUGUGUCAUGCCAACAGUAAAGCAUCCUGAGACCAUUCAUGUGUGGGGUUGCUUCUCAUCCAAGGGAGUCUGCUCACAAUUUUGCCCCAAAUCACAGCCAUGAAUAAAGAAUGGUACCAAAACACCCUCCAACAGAGCUACAGAUUAAAAAUGCCCAAGGCAAAGCACUCAAAAGUCUGGCUGUACUUCACAGUACCUGAUGAAGCACCUGGUGAUGCAUAGCGUUUUUGUAAAAGCUAGAAAAUGCACCGUAUUUGA